AUGCCAUCGAGUACUGCUGGGGUGAAUUACGCUGACUUAUCAACGGAGGUUCUCCAUCUCCUCCUGGCGCAACAAAAUCUAGCGCUUUCUGGUUCGCGUGAUAUUCUUCUUCGUCGCCUCGCCGAUCACGAUGGAGCAGAAGUCCCAGCUGCAUCGAGUGCCAAUCCGAGACCCAGCUCAACACCGGAUUUUUCAAAAAAUCUAAAAACUGCUUACCUCUUGCCGAAAACCGUUGAUAGUAAUUUACUCGACAAAGUCAAACAAGGUCACACUAUUGGGCCUUUCAGUUCACCCCCAUUUCAAAAUUUUCAAAUUUACCCUUUGGGUCUCUUUCCUAAAAAGAAUUCGUCCAAAUGGAGAACAAUUUUCCGCUUGUCGUAUCCAAAAACUUUGAACGCCAGCGUCAAUGCGAACACUUCCUCCGAGGAAUAUUCGCUACAAUAUGUACGCCUUGAUGAUGCUAUAAGAAUCCUUCUAAAGCUCGGUCCAAAAUGUUUCAUGGCCAAAACUGAUGUUAAAUCCGCCUUUCGUAACAUACCAGUACAUCCUGAUGACUGGGAACUUCUCGGCAUGAAAUGGCGUGAUUUGUAUUUUUUCGAUCGUGUACUUCCUUUUGGUCUUCGAAGUGCCCCUUUCAUUUUCAACAUGCUUUCUGAUGCACUCGAAUGGAUUGUUAUACACAAACUAGGAGUUUCAAACGUUCUCCAUAUUUUGGACGAUUUCUUUAUAGCCGAACCCACACCACGUUCGGCAUGUUUAACUUCCUUAUGUAAAUUGUUGUGCCUGUUUACCGAGUUAGAUGUUCCAAUUGCCCCUGGAAAAACGUAUGCCCCUAACCAAGUAUUGGAGUUUCUUGGGAUUUCUUUAGACUCUGUCCGCAUGAUAGCUUGUCUUCCCCCUGAUAAACUUGGUCAAGCUAAGUCUUUGCUUGAGAAUUGGCAAAAACGUUCAUCGUGUAAGUUAAAGGAACUUCAAUCUCUAAUUGGCGUUCUCCAGUUUGCAUGUCGUGUGAUUGCCCCGGGACGUACGUUUCUUCGUCGCAUGAUCGCUUUAACAUGUGGGGUAAAACAGCCUUACCAUUUUGUUCGAUUAAACUCAGGGUUUUAUAAAGACUUAGCUAUGUGGGAACUUUUUCUAAAACAUUAGAACGGUAUUAGCCUUUUUCUCGAGUCCGAACAGACGCCAUCGCCAACACUUCAACUGUAUACAGACGCAGCUGGUUCCAUAGGUUUCAGUGGUUAUUUAGCAGGGCAAUGGUUCCAAGGCCUUUGGCUGCCGGAACAAAAUAUCAACCAAAAAACCGGUAUUUCGAUCGCAUGGCAAGAACUUUAUCCAAUUUAUCUUGCCUGCUGUCUCUGGGGAUCCCAGUGGACAUCUAAACUCAUUGUGUUUUUCUGUGACAACGAGUCCAUCGUUCAAGUUCUUAAUCAAAAAGCCUCUAAAAGUCCGAAGAUAAUGGAUUUACUGCGACCAAUUGUCCUUUGUAUGCUAACAAAUAAUUUUACGUUUACCGCUAAACAUGUGCGCGGAAUCGAUAAUGGCAUUGCUGACUCGCUCUCUCGUUUUCAGAUGGACCGCUUCAAGCAAUUAGCGCCGUUGGCCUCUCCUCUGCCUUGCGUCAUCCCGUCAUCGAUGAUUCAAACCUAA